AUGGUCGGAAAAGACAUUGAGGAUCGAGCCAAGAUGUCGGCGCAGCUUUUAGAUUAUAAUAACGCCUCCAUUGGUAUAUUUUUAGAGAGGGGAUUUAGUCCAGGAGCAAGUGACCAUAGUGGUAUCGGCAACAACCGGUUUCUUGGCUUAUUGAGAGUUAGGCCUGGUUGUGGUGAGUUCUGGAGGAUUGCGAACUGUGGAAUGGGAAUUCUAUCUCAGUCAAUUGAGUAUCUCAUUGUGACAAUGAAAGCUAUCAUUGCUUCCAUCUGCCUUGUUGCAGCAGUUUGCCUUACAGCGCAUGCAGUCCCACAGCAAGAGGGACAAACUUAUUAUGCAGCUGAAUUGCAGCAUGAGUGGGGUCAGGGGGCCGACACAGUUAGUGAGCUGGAGUUUAGACGCAUGUUCUUGCUGAAGGAAUCGGGAGUGCAAGUUGCGGAUGACAUCUCGGUCGUCAGUGAUCCAGACACAGCCGCUAAUGUUGUAGCGCCCGAGUGUGACAACGCUUUUGCGCAGCUCAAAAAGUUUGCUCAGACCUUGCCUGACCAGUUGGCCAGGGAUUUGGGCAGAAUCCCUGGUGCUUCCAUUUUAGUUGGAAUAUUGAGGAUCGCCCUUGCUCCCAUUGCUGCCAUUUCUUCAGGACUCAAUUCACUCACAGCAGGCGUGGUCCGUGCAAUUCGCAUAGUCAUUGGUUCGAUUAAGCUUGCAAUCAGGCCUUUCGAGUGGAUUCCAGGUAUCAGGGGUAUUGUUAAAAGGGUGAGAGACCUUCUUACAAACCUCGAGAAGCUUAUUGAUGCAGUCACUGGAUGUAAAAGGUCCAUGUCCCAGACUGAAAACGAGACUGAAGCGGUGGGUUCACAGUGUUAUAUCCUCGCAGAUGUGUAUCGCGGAUUGAUCAAGGACGCUCUUACGAACAUGCCCGCUCCCUCUGCUUCCGCCUCCGAUGACCAGAAGCGUGUUGCAGCUGGAUCUGCUAUGCUGUUGGACUUCAUGGACAAGUACUCCAUCGCUACCUCAAACGAUGCCUUGUUGUCAUCACGUCCCAUCUUCUCUGCUGACUUGUUGGAUCAGUAUCGUCAGGAGCUCAUCAACUUGGGUGAGACUGAUGAAGUGAAGGAAUUUGCACGCAUCAACUUGGCACUUACUAUCUCCAUGAGUAAUGCUCUCGAGGCAUGCCUCAAGCUUUCAGCUGAUCCCACUGCAGCUAUGGAGGCUUGGGAUGAAGACUUUGAGACAUCCCAUGAGGUUGAGGAUGAGGUUGUGAAUGAAGUUGUGAAUGGCGAGCACCAGGAGUUGUAA